UCCAUAGCCAGUCACCUUCAAAUCUUCCAUCCAGAACACCAGCCCAGGUCUCCAGUCAAAAUUGAGCAACACCCCAAAUAUUUAGUAUCACCAUCGCUAAUUUUAUCCCUCUUCCAUCACGCCACUCGAGCUCUGAGUCGAGGUGGUUCGCGAUCAAUGGAUAUCCUCGUCUCUGCAAUCGUAGGCGACCUCAUCAGCAGGUCAGCUUCGUUCGUGAUCAGCAAAUACUUCCAGCAGCAGCCUGGCAUCGACCGGAUUCUGCGGAGGCUACAGAGUGUCCUACUGAGAAUCGACAUCAUCGUCGAGGAGGCCGAGGUGCGGGACAUCACCAACCAGGGGAUGCUCCGUCAGCUCAAGAUGUUGAGGCAAGGAAUGUACAGAGGCCGCUACGUUCUCGAUGCCUUGAGCUUCCAAGCUUCCCUCGACGAGAAGGAGGGGGAGGAGGAGAUGAGCCACUCCUCAUCUGCACUGUCUAAAGGCAGUUCAAUCAAACGCCUUCGUUUCUCUCACACACGUUGUGGUAGCAGCAACAGAGAAGCAGUGUUGUUCGGCACGAACAACAUGCGAGAAGAGCUGCAACGGAUGGUGGACACCCUUGAAGACACCGUGGCUGGUAUGAAGGAGUUUCUUUUCUUCUUGCAGUUAUAUCCUCGCAUCCUCCGCCAACCUUAUGGCACGUAUUUGCUAUUGGACAACUGCAUGUUUGGUCGCCAAACAGAACGGGAACGGGUCCUAAAUUUCUUGAUGUGUCCUACUCAAGAUUUGGCUGUACUUCCGAUCGUUGGUCCAAUAAGAGUAGGGAAGAGCACUCUUGUUGAGAAUGUCUGUAGGGAUGAGAGUGUGCGUGAUCGCUUCUCGAUGAUCCUCUUCUUUCCAAAAGGAAGUCUUAAGGAUGAAGGAGUGAUCAACCUGAGAGAAAACAAUAUUAAAUUCAGGCAUCAGAAUUUUGCUUCUCGAAACAGGUUGCUGAUUAUUAUUGAACUAGCCAAGGAUAUUAACGAGGAAACAUGGAGAAGUCUGAAAUCUUCCGUAACCUGCAUGACACCUUGUGGCGGGAGCAAAAUCAUAAUUACCAGUCGGUCAGAUAGAAUUGUGAAUCUGGGAACAACGGGAGCACUUCGACUGGACUAUAUCUCUCAAGAAGCUUAUUGGCAUUUUUUCAAGUCAAUUGCAUUUGGAAGCAUAAAUCCUGGCGAGCAUCCAAAACUGGCAACUAUGGCUAUGGAGAUCGCUUUGGAACAGAGACAGUGUUUCACAAGCGCGCAUGUUGUUGCUGGGUUACUGCAACAGAACUUCAAUGCUCAAUUCUGGUGCGCAGUUCUUGAAUGUGUACGAGCAAGUAAACAGGCAAAUCUCCUUAUGUUUGACCAUAACCCGUACCUUCGUUUGCGGGAAGAUGCACCAGUGUAUUGUUGGAGAUUGGUGAAGAGCCACAGAUAUUUCAUGCUUUGCAACUAUCAUCAGUCAGAUUCCAGUGAGAAUGUCCCUAAGAUCAAUCUGCGGGACAUUCUCUUAGGAUGUGGUGGUACACUACCCUGUGGAGAAUUUGAGGCUCUUGCAUGGAGGUCUCGCAUACCGCCCUACUACAACUACACAAUAAGCUGUAACAUGCAAGCACCAGAACUUACCGUGGGAAGGAAGAAGCGUGUGCAUCAAGAGGAAGAACAUUUUAUUUGAGUAGCACACUAUCUGUGACUCAUAUCAUGUAUGCUACCGUGUUGUCCUGUGAAUUAGGAAAUAUUAUUACUCUGCCUUAAUUAGGAGUCUUGCUAAAUAGUUAACAUAUAUGUCUACUAACAUGUAGGCAUGGAGGACUUCUAUCCUAGUAGCAUAAGUUUGCAUGUCAAGUACAUUCUGGUUGUGUUUGGGCAAGUACUUUCAGAAUCAAAACAAUGUUUGCAUUGCCGGUUAAAUCAGAGUCCAAGAUAAAAUGUAUUUAUAAAGUUGAGUGCUUGAGUCCAUAUCCGAUUGAUCUGGAUACUAUGGGUACUGUAUAAACCUAAGCCUUGCAAUAAUCCUUGAACAUGAAGAAAAAGUACA